UUACAAUGUGAUGAAAAAUAAUUGAACGGCGUCAGGUUUUUUUGAAAAGUAUAAAAAAUUUAUAUAAUGUAUUAAUGAAAAAAUAUUUUAUUGAUUUGACAGUUAAUUUGUGGGAUAGUAAUUAUACGUAUGUAAUUUAAUUGUAAUAAUUAAAAACUUAAACCUUGAAAAUAUUUUUUUUUAUAAACAUACAUUGAGGAUAAGGUUAUAAUCCGAGGAAAUAUAUAUCCUGAUAACACGUAAUUUAUUUAUUGAUUUCACAUUAAGGGAUGAUAUUAAUAAAACGCUAAACUGCAAUUAUGGACUCUGAUGAAACAAAUAAUUCUAAAAAACCCAACACCCGUUACUCCCGUAAGCAGAUCGUCACUGACAAUGUAGCCAGGAAAUUUCUCCAGAACUUCGAUCCCCAGAGUAGCGAAAGAGAAAAACGUAAACUCCACCGUCGUCUUUACCCGGGUAGUAAAAAACACAUUUUGUAUGACGAGUGCGGUAUAUUUAUACAAACUGGAACAAAUAUCUGUGACUGUCUCCAGCCAGAUUGUUCAGGAUGUCAUUUCCCAUGCUUGAAAUGCGGCUCCACCAAGUGCGCUCACGAGUGCAGGAUCCAUCGCAGAUGGACGUAUGAUUCAAUUGAAAAUGAAGGAAGUGACAUAGUUUUAAAAAAUCCAGUAAUUAAAGACUCUUAGCUCUAAAACCUUAAUAUUUUAAACUGACCUCUCUCAAAAUAAUGCAUAGAAAUUUUUUAAAAAUAAUAUUUAUUAUUAACAAUACAUGAAAUAUACAUUCAUUUUUUAUUUAAAAUUUCAAAAAA